GGUGACGUCGCCACUAUGCCGGCGGCCAUUUUCUUCUUUCUCCUUCUGCCAGUCAGUUUGGUCAUAAUCGUGUUUGAGUGCGCUUGUGUCGAUGGAUAGUGUAAUCUUCUCAAUUGUUCUUCUUUUUCUGGAAUCUCUUGCACAAACAUAAUUAUUAGAUAAUCACUUCUCGGAAGUAUAUGGAAAUGCUGCAUAAUGCAAUUAAUAGACACUGAAAUAGACAUUGGUGUUAAUUCGAAGAUGUCGACUAUGCAACCUGAAUCUCUUGAAAAGUUUAGCCUUAUUGACAAUGUUUGCAGUGCUAUUACCAACGGGAAUGAUGAAUGUACAAAUGAUCAAGAAGUAGUUGAUGAGGGUGAAAGGAGUUUUGAGAAAAAUGAAGAAACUAGUCAGUGUACAGAGUCUACACAGGGGCCUUUUAUAAAUAGAGAAAAUAAUGUGGAACUAAAGAGUGGCAUAUGUGACAAAGUAUCUGAACAAAAUACUGACCACAGCGAGUUGCGAGCGGAAAAUGAUGAAAAUGUUAGGGAAAAGAAGAUAAAAGAAAAAUCAUUAGUCAAUAAUUUAACUGAAGAUGCAAGAAAUAGUCAAAAUAAAUAUCAAACCGAAAUUAUAGAAAAAAGUGGUAAAAUAAAUAUACCAGAUAGAAGUAAUACUGUGCCAGAAAAUAUAAUUGAGGCACAAAACAAAAAAGUCAUAAUUGAAAAUAAAAUAGAUCAUUUACACGAAAAGAACACUGCGAUCGAUGUUACUUUGAAUGAAGAUGAUAUAGAAGAAGAAAGCUCAACAGAAGAUAAGAUUACAGAAAACAAUAUAAGUGACAUAGACGAAUCGAAUAAACUUGAAACCGGUGAUAAGGAGAUUGAUGUCACAUUUAACGAAGAGAAAAUUUUGAACAAAAAUUUUACAGAAGAUAUCAUUGAAGAGGAAUUUAAAGAAAAUGCUAUAUCAGAAAAUAAAAAUGAGCAAGAAAAUGAUGAAAAAGAUACUGAGAUGAACGUUAUACCCGAAGAAGAAGAAGAUAAAGUGAAGAACAGUUUAACAGAAGAUAAAACUAAAGAUAUCACUAAGGAGGACAAGGAUAUUGAGAUGAAAGUUAUAUGUGAAGAGGAAGAUAAGGUGAAUGAUGGUUUAUUAGAUGAUAAAAUACAAGACAAUGAUAUUGAGAUGGAAGUUACAUUGCAGGAAGAGGAUAAAGUGACAGACAGCUUAAUUGAAGAUAAAACUAAAGAAAUCGUUACGGAUGACAAGGAUAUUGAGAUGGAAGUUACAUUUGAAGAGGAAGAUAAAGUGGAUAAUGGUUUAUUAGAAGAUAAAAUAAAAAACGCCGUUAAUUUGGAAAAUGAUGUUGAAAUGGACGUUACGCUACAUGAAGAGGAUAAUGUUAACGAUUUAUUAACAACACGUAAUUCUGAAGACAACGGAAAAGGUAGUAAAAUAGACCAUGAAAUAGAUAAUCAAAAUAUAGACAUGGGUGUUGAAUCUAUAAGAAAAGAACAUGGGGACCAAAAUAUAUUGGUAAACAAAAGGGAAGACGAAGGCAAAGUUAGUAGUGAAAUAGACAAAAUAAGUGAACAACAGAAAGAGGAGGAUGUACAAAUGGAUGUUAUAAAUGAAGAAGUUGAAAAUAAACAGGUUGAUCUACAAAACGAAGAAAACGAAUCUAGUGGGAAUAUACCAGCUGAAGAGAAGCACAGUCCUACACAAGACAAACCUGAGGUACAAAAUAAAGAGACUAACAUGCUUUCUAAUCAACAGGACAACGUAAAUUCCGAAGAUAAUGUCAAAAUGGACCACAGUGUAUCAGAAGAAAACCGUGAGACGGAAAAGACUAGUGAGAAGGUGCUUGAGGCACCAGGAAAUAGACAUACAAUUGAAAGACAUGCUAUGGGCAUUGAUGAAAUAGAUAAUAGUGAGAAUGAAAAUAAAAAAAAUGUGGAUAGGGAGGUUUCUGCUGGGUAUCAGGAUGAAGUAAACGUUAGUUCUAUAGGGAAUAUAAAUGAGGAUGGGGAAGUUAAAAUAGAUGCUAAAGUAAACAAUGAAACUGAGGAGAUUGUCAUACAAAAUGAAAUCACGGAUCAAGAUAACAUUAUAGCGAAUAGAGAUAGUAUUGAAGAAUCAAUAGAAGAUAAUCUUGACAGUGAAGAUAAGUGCUCAACACAUAUUGAACUAAACGAUAAGGUUGAAACGAAGAGUGAGAUAAAUAAAAACAGUCUGAUAACUGAAAUACCAAAUGAGCAUGCUGACAAGGAGUGUGAAAUAGUAGAUGUAGUGGACGCACAAAAUAAUGAUAAUUUGCCUUUAAUUAAGAAUAUUAAGCAAACACACGUCCAAGACAAAAAGGAAAGUCUCAUAGAGGGUGUCGUUACAGAAAAAAGUGAAACAUAUAGCAAGGAUAAAAUCAAAGACCAUGUCCCAAUUAUUGAACCAAAAGAUAAUAAAACAACACAAGUUACGGAAAUUUGUGAAAUUGUUCAACAAGAUCGUGGAUAUAAUGAAAAAGUUAUCAACAUAAACCAAGAGGUUACAAAAAAUGAAUCGAGUGAUGAUAAAACAAACAGUAAUACUCAAUCCGAUAAAAAACAAGUGCUCGAAAAACAUGUAGAUGAACAUGAAAAUACAGUAAAAACUAGUAAAUCUGAUGAAAAUAUGGAUGUGGAAGAGAAAUCAGCAUUGCAAAAUGAUGAUAAAGAAAGUACAAAUAGUUUUAUCUGUAAAUCCAAUAUCUCAAGAGAGACUGAAAUAGGAAACGAUGAAGUUAUUAACAUUGCUGAUGAGAAAGAUGAUGAAAUUGAUACAAGUGAAAUUAAAAUGAAAACUAAUAAUGUAGAUAAGAUGAACACAUCAGUAGAAAAGUCGUCGACUGAUACACAAGCAAAUCAGUCGCUUCUUAAAGAUACAAACAUACAAGAAAUAAAAAAUAAUAGUUCUAUAACUCAACUUGGCAAGAAGAAAACGUUAACACGUGUAUCUAAACUCGCUAAUACGCUUGAUAUUUUUUCUGAUGACGAUGAAGAAGAUAUACAAAAAAAUGAAAACGAAAUUCAAAAAGAUGGUACUGUUCUUGAAGAAAAACAAUGUACAAGUAUAAAUAUAGACGAUGAUGAUGAUAUUAUGUUGAUUGAUGAAGAAUCAAAUUCUGUAAAUGAUAAAAACAAGGCUAACACUUUACCAGAAUCAGAAAACAAAAUAUCUCCAGAUAAGGAGGAUAAAGUAGAAUCUAAAGAUGUUGAAACGAAGUGUUCAGAAGUUCUCGAAAACAAAAAAGAUACAGCAAAAACAGAGACGAUUACUCCACUUGUUGAUGACAUUGAAACAAAUGAAUCUAAACUUGAUACGAAAGCAGAUGAUGAACCUUCAAUACCAAAAAAGCCACUUAUGCAAGUGAAUUUCUUAAAAACAUGCGCUAAAAAUAUUGCUGAUAUGACAAGAGAUGAACUGGAGGAAUUCUGUAUUCUGAAAAUAGUGGAAAGUGUUAUUGAGCGAAGUAAUUUAAGUGAAGUGAAAGACCAAAUAAAGGCCAUGACACAAAAUGUCGACGAAUAUAAGAAGAGGGUUUCAAUAUUGGCAAGACAGAACCGUGACUUACAGUUGGUUUUAAAAUCAGUCCAAGAGGAACAAAAGAAAAAGUCUAAUGUAGCGAUUACUCCAUUGAAAGUGACAAGAUCUGUUGGAAUGCAGGUGCUAAUGGCAGGAAAUGCGCGUAAAAAAGGAAAUAAUGCCAAUUCUAAUGCCAACACUGCUUCAAAAGGCAAAGCGCAGAAUCAAUCGAAACUCCAGAAACUUCUAACCAAUACAAAUCCCCCACCGAUACCUGUACCAAGAUUAGUUCCAGCAGUAAAUAGCACAAAUAACGGCAAAGCACAAUCGCCCAAUGCAAAUACAUCAAAAACACAAAUGCCAGUAUCAGUAACAAGUGCGCCGAUUCAAAAUAUCGCCAAUAGUCCACCGGUAACGCCAAUAGCCCAAAAACCAGAGAAAAGAACACACAGUCGAAUGCAACAGAAUAACUCCUUUACAGUUGAUUUGACAGACGAUGAGCCGCCAGCCAAAGUGAUUUCAAGAAAUGUCACACCACCGGUCAGACUCGUACCACCUCAAAAUUUGAUGGCUCCUAAUAGACAACCAUUCGGCACAACUAUAAAUAACCCUCGAAAAGUGUAUAUUCCUAUUAGUGGCUCUCAAACUCCAGUUGGUGUACGACCUGGACAGACAAUUAUGUUGAAAGCUAUUUCACAACAAGGUCCGAGACAAAGAGUUCCUUCACCCAAUGUCAUGAAACCACAUCAAAAUCCGAACACAAUAAGAAUGCAAAGAAUGCCAGCAAGUAGACACCCAGCACCCUUACCCGACUCAGUGAAGCAAUACCAGCCAGCCAAUUGGAAAGCUUUACCCCCAGCGCCGGAACUCAAACUGUCAAAAGUUGACAAUGGAAUUGUGAUAUCAUGGAAAAUUGAUGGCUACCUUGAAGAGAAUUAUGAAGAAAUUGCUAGUUACCAAUUGUAUGCUUAUCAGGAGACGUCGUCUCCGCCGAGUACAACGCUUUGGAAAAAAAUUGGUGACGUCAAAGCUUUGCCAUUGCCCAUGGCGUGCACUUUGACACAGUUCAUGGCUGGCUUUAAAUACUACUUUGCAGUUAGAGCUGUUGAUAUUAGGUCUCGUUUGGGGCCUUUCAGCUUGCCAGGCAGUAUUCUUCUGUUGAAUAAAAUGUAAGACUGAGUUAAUAUGUGAUUUACUAAUUGUUGUACUCAAUAACAAUAGGCUAGUUGACACUUUUUUUUUUAAAUAUUUCAUUAUAAAAUCGUUAUUUUUUAAAAAUUUCAUUAAAAAGAUUGAAAAAAAAUCAUAUUUUUUUGCGAUGUAUCGGCUAUAUUUCAACUGUUUCAUGACGUCACAAUAACAAAACCCUUACAAACGGAGCGUUUGACAAAAAUGUUAGCUAACGGUUAGUUUGACGUUUAGUACAUCAAAUAACAUUGUGACGUCACAAAAUAUGUUUUUAACGUUUGGAAAAUUUGAAAAAUACAUGAUUUUUAAAUAAAGUUUUAUAACAAAUCCAUAACUUUUAUUAAUUAAUAUCGAUAUGUUUCGGACUCUUAAUCCACAAACUAUGCGAAAUUAAUAUUGUAAAUAUUAAAUUUCAUAUGAGUCAACUACCCUAUUGUCUUUCUUCAAUGAAUCUUUUUUCUCUAAAGGUUUUAAAAAAAUCCGAGGGGGAUUUUUUGAGGGGGGUACAAAUGUAUAGAAUUUUCUAUUCACAUAAAGUGUCUGACACUUGGAUACUGCUUCAGAAUAUAUAUAAAAAUCAGCCAUGUGAAUUAAAGAAACUAAUUUUAAAUUUUACACUUCUAAAUUAUAGUGUUGAUUAAUAUAAUUUGACUAUUGAAUUUCGAUUGCUACCUCCUACGAAUCCUAGCGGAUUUUUUUAAAACCUUUAGAGGAAAAAGGGCUCAUUGUUUAUCAUAGGUAUGAUUAUUGAAAAAAAAUGUAAAUUUUGUAAGUAAAUUAUGUAUGAUGCACACUAUCAGAAUUCAUAAUAUGUCUUCAUUUAGAAUUAAGUACUUGUCUCUAGUGUGUUAUUAAUUACGUACUGAAUCGAUCGUUAAUAUAAUUUAUUAUUGUACCUACCUGAUAUUGUCAUAGGAAAUAAGUAGUGAAUUGAAUUAAAUAACCAUUGUAAUAA